AUGAAAUAUUCUUCUCUGAUUAUCGUCCUCGCUUUUUCUCUUCUUCUUGUCCUUAAAGACCUCAAACAAGUUCAAGCUCUCGGGUGUUAUGGAAGUUUUUUAAACGGUAACAGCAGCUACUUUCAGAAUCGUCAAAGUCUUUUCUCUACUCUUGCUUCAAAAGUCGUCGCCAACGGUGGAUUCUACAACGCUUCAUUCGGCAAGAAUCCCAAUAGAGUUCAUGCUCUUGUCCUCUGCGCAAGAGGCUACGAGCAACAAGCUUGUAUCAGCUGUGUCGAAAAAGUGACUCAUGAGAUACAAUCGACUUGCCCGAACCGAAUGAAUUCGUUCAAAUGGGACAAUGACGAUGGAGACCAUGUUUCUUGUCUUGUACGUUCCUCAAACCAGUCAACUUUCAAGAACUUCCAGCUUGUACCUGCUGUCAUAUACCCAAGUCCACUUACUAUCGAGCCAUCUAAGGACAUGACCCUUUUCAGUAAACAGUGGGGAGCAACGGUUAAUCGGACAGUCCAGGCUGCCACGGAAGCUAAAAAUGUAUCCGUACUUCAGUACUAUAGUGCUGUACAAGCCGAGUUCACAGCGUUUCCAAAUUUUUGGGGAAGACAAGGAGGCGAGGUUAGUCGUCCGAGCUGUGUUUUCAGGUGGGAUCUAUAUGCUUUCCAUGGUGCUUUUGAUAAUAUAACAAGAGUUCCUGCGUCACCUCAAGGUCAGGCUCACCCACCUUCAACGGAAAGUUACAUAAAAGACAAGAAAGGAAGAAGCAUUGGAAAUGGUGGAAUUAUCUCGAUAGUUGUUCCUGCUUUGAUUAACAUUUUGGUGUUUAUUGGCCUCAUCAAACUCUAUGCUCGGAGGAGACAAUUCAAUAACAUAAUCAAUGUUGGUACUGCAGAGUACUCUGAUGGUCAACUUAUGUUACGGUUUGAUCUUGGAAUGAUAUUAAUGGCAACCAAUGACUUCUCGUCAGAUAAUACGCUUGGCCAAGGUGGAUUUGGUACGGUCUAUAAGGGGACAUUACCAAGUGGCCAAGAGAUAGCUGUAAAGAGACUAACAAAUGGAUCAGGGCAAGGAGAUAUGGAGUUUAAGAAUGAGGUUUCACUCUUGACAAGACUCCAACAUAGGAAUCUGGUUAAGCUUCUUGGGUUCUGUAACGAAGCGGACGAAGAGGUUCUUGUCUAUGAGUUUGUCCCCAACUCAAGUCUUGAUCACUUUAUCUUUGAUGAAGAGAAGCGUUCGUUUCUUACAUGGGAGGUGAGGUGCAAAAUUAUAGAAGGCAUUGCUCGAGGCCUUCUUUAUCUCCAUGAAGAUUCUCAGCUAAAGAUUAUUCAUAGAGACUUGAAGGCAAGCAACAUACUUUUAGAUGCUGAGAUGAACCCUAAAGUUGCAGACUUUGGGACAGCUAGAUUGUUCAACACUGACGAGACUCGAGCUGAAACUAGACGAAUAGCUGGUACCCGUGGAUAUAUGGCUCCCGAAUACGUUAAUCAUGGGCAAAUAUCAGCUAAAUCUGAUGUAUAUAGCUUUGGUGUUAUGCUUCUGGAGAUGGUAAGUGGUAAAAGAAACAAAAGCUUUGAAGGAGAAGGAAUUGCAGCUUUUGCAUGGAAGAGAUGGGUUGAAGGAAAUCCUGAAAUUAUAAUUGAUCCUUUCUUGGUAGAGAAUCAGAGUAACGAGAUCAUUAAGUUGAUCCAGAUUGGUUUGUUGUGUGUUCAAGACAAUGCAUCAAAGAGACCAACCAUGAGCUCUGUAAUAGUUUGGCUUCGCAGUGACAUAAUUACCAUUCCUUUACCUAAGGCUCCUGCUUUCACAAGUAAUCAAUCCCAAUCUGAAGAUGGUAUGAUGUCAAUGAGCAAUGCCUUCACGGAAUUGAGUUCUCGUUAA